AUGACCCUGCCCUCCGCGUCCUCCUCGCCCCUCAGCCUCUUCACGCCCUUGUCGCACCACCGCUCGCCGCUGCUCUCGCCCUGCCCCUCCCCCUCGCCGCUGCGCACGCUCGACGAGGAUGCGGCGGACGUCGCGGAGGGCCCCAUUGCGGAGCGGCAGUGGGGAAUGGCGGGGAUUCGCGGGACAGCGGCGGAGGCGGGCGGGGGGGUUGGGGUGGCGGGUGGCUGCGCGCCGAUGCGGCGGAGUGCGGCGUCCGUGUCGAUGCCGUCGCUUUGCGCCGCGCCGUGGGAGGGCGACGGGCUGGCGGCGAGCGCGUGGCUGCCGAGCGGCAGCGGGCGAUGGACUCCCGGCAGCGCUGCGGCGUGGCUGGCGCGCGACGAGAGCGAGCGAUGGGCGACCCACGGCGAAUGGGCGGUGGGCGAGCGCAGUGCGCGGAGAGGAGCGGCGCGCGGGGGCACUGGGAGAAGCGGAGCGACAGGGACGGCGACGGAAGGCGGACCGGCAGGGGGAGGGCAGCGCCCUUCGAUGGGCGGAGGGGCGAGCGCGGGGGCGGGAUGGCGGGAGCUUGCGCGGGAGGCGCAAGGGCGAGGGGGCUUGUGGGGGCCGCGGGCGAGGGAGGUGGGCGGCGCGAAGCGGGGCGUGCGGGGGCGAGGCAGGGACGGGUCGUGGGGGGGCGAUGAGAGUGGCGCGGGCAGCGUGGGCGGGGAUUGGGCGGAGGAUGUGGCGGAAAAGGAGGCGGAGGAGGGGAGGGGGAGGGAGAAGAAGGCGAAGGGCGGAAUGGUGGCGGCGGGCACUGGUGAGGGCGCGCGGGUUGGAGAGAGCAGCAGCGGUGCUGGCAGGGCGGACGAGAAUGCGGGGGGAGGGGGAGCGAGCUUGGAGCGCGAGCUGCAGGAGUGGCUGGGCGCUGCACUGCCGUGCGCCGCCCACAGGGGCAGCAGCGGGGCGCACAUGGACGAGCAGCCCCCCGGCGGAGUGGAUGCGAGCAGGGCAGCGGCAUGCGGUGAGGGCGCGAGCAGGAGCGGUGAGGGAGGGGUUGCUGGUGGCGUGGUCGGUGAGCAGCAGCACGCAGGCGUGAGCGAGUCCGAGGGGAGGAAUGGGGGGGGGGCAGGCGAGCAGCGAGAGGGAGCGGGGGCGGAGGCGCAGCAGGUGGUGUUCCACGUGACGGCACAGGAGCAGGGCCGCCGCCCCGCUGCUUGGAAGCCCGAGGCUGAGCCCCGCCGAAGCAGGCAGUCAGGUUCGGUGUUUGGGUCGGGGGAGGAUGGGCUGACACUGGAGUCGUUUCUGUUGGGCGGCAGGAGGGCGCGCGCAGGGCUGCGGGGGCAGGGCGCACACACGUGGCAGGUGGAUGACGUGGCGGCGAGGGGCGUGGCUCAGAGCAUGAAGGCGCAGGGGCACAGGCGCGGGCGGUCAGACGCGCUGGACGUGUCGGCUGCUGUGGCCGCACUGGGGGGCGUGGGGGAGGCAGGAGGAGGCGGCAAGGAGUGCGGAGAGGGCCGGCAGGCAAGCGGUGAUGGUGGCGGUGGUGGUGCGUGUGAGGGCAGUGGUGCGACGCAAGGCCGGACUGGCGCGGCUGGCGUGGGCGGAGGCAGCGGUGUGAAGGCGGAUGGCAGCGCCUCGGCCGCUGGUCCCAGCCAUGCCCUGGCAGCACCCGUCACCGUGGCGGGCAUGGCAGGCAUGGCGGGUGUGGUGUGCUGGUCGCCACCGUGGGUGGCGGCUGCAAGGGGCGUGCGGGCGGUGGGUGGGUCGCUGGACGUGGCUGCUGCCGUGGCCGCACUGGGUGGCACGGAGGGCGGGGAGGAAGGGGGGGUUGAGGUGGGCGCGGGGAGAGACGUGUGCAUGGAGGGCGUGGAUGGGGGAUGCGGUGGGGAAGAAGGUGCGCCGGGGAAAGAGAUGGAGCAGGAGAGGGAAGGGGAUGGGAGAAGAGAGGGGGAUGCGAUGGUGGUUGAGGAGAAAAGGACUGCGAGGUGUGAGGAGGACGAGCAGAGCAUGGGUGGCGAUGGUAUGUGUGGCAUGGGCGGUGUGGGUGCAGAAGCUGCAGCACCGCAUGCAGGCAGGCCGCCCCCCUCCACGCCACCCCCCUGCACGCCCCCACUAGCCCCUCCACCCCCACCUCUUACCGCACCAUCACCCGCCUCCCAGCGCCCAUCCUCACCCCCGCCGCUCACCCCGGGUGCACAGGCUGCAAGCAGCGGUGGCAGGGGAACAUGGGAGGGCGCGGGCAAGGCGGCGCAGCAGGAGCUGCGCAGCGGACAGGCAGAGGGUGCAGUGAAAGGGGAUGGGGGAGGGCAGCGCACUGAGGCAGGCGCAAGGCAGGGGGAUGGCGGGGCAGCAGUGGGAGGAGGGAAGUGGAAAGGACGAGGGGGUGUGCGGAGGCAGCAUGGCAGUGCGGGCGAGGUGGAGCGCGCCUUUGAGGUGGCCCCCGCCCACCUGCUCGCCCUGCACCGCUGGAACCCCUCAUCGCGCGACCUGGCGGUGCGCUGGGCCGUGUGGCUGCUGCGCCGCAUGCGCGAGGCCGCCUGCCCGCCCGCCCCACGCCCGCUGCGCCUGCUGCUCUUCUCCGCGCUGCUCUCCGCCCUGCCCCGCGUUGCUGACUCGCUGCUCUCCCUCGCCUCUCCACCGCCAGCAUCGCCCCGCCACGCCCACUCCCAGCUGCUGCACUCAGCGGCAUCGCUGCUGCGUGCAGUGGAGAGGAGCCGUGCCGCACUGCCAGCGCUGCAGUGGGCGGCGCUGCAGGAGGUGCUGCCGCGCUGCCACUCGCUGCUCUCCGCUGCUGCCACCCUGCACCGCCGCACACGGCAUGCUGGCAGCGUGGGCUUGCAUGCACCUGCAGCUGCUGCAGCGGGGCUGGGUGGGGGAGUGGGAGCAGCGGCAGCGACAGCAGCGGCGGCUGCUGGUGUGUGCAGCCCUCCCCACAGCUCCUCCUUUGCCUCCCCCGCCUCCUCUGCCACCCCCCAUGCCACUGUUGCGCCUGACAGCGGUGCGGAGCGUGGUGCGUGUGGGGGGGGCGAUGGUGGGGACAGCAGCAUGGAGGUGGAUGGGGCUGGCAGGCACAUGGGCGGGGCGGUGCAAGGGAGGGGCGCACAGGCGGAUGAGGGCAGGGCGCAGGGCAGUGAGGAUGAGAGCAGCGGGGCCGGCUGUGAGCGUAGAGCAGGGGAGGGGCCAGAGUGGGGUACCCCUGCUGCUGCUGCUGCCGGUGCUGAUGGGGACGACGCCUGUGUGCCAGUUGCCACCUCGGGUGCGCACGGCCAUGCGUCCCAGCAGCCUCAGCACGCUCAGCAGCGUGUGGGGGCACAAGGGGAUGCAGCGGGUGGUGCCCACCCUGACACCGUCCAUGCGCCUCCUGCCUGCACGCCCACUCACCCCGCAGGUGCCUCUGAUCCCCCAUGCUCCGUCUCCUCUCACCCCGCCACCACUCAUGCCCUCGUGUGCGUCCCAGCGCCACCCACACUGCACGCUGCUCCAAGCGCUCCCCACACUGACGCCACCCCGUGUGGGGAAGCCACUCCGCGAGAGCCCACCAUGCCGUCCUUCCCUCGCUUCUCGCCGUUUGCCGCUGCAGCCACUCCCCCCCAAGCAGCCGGCACCCCCCUGCACGUGCCCCUGGCGGCGAGGGCAGCGGGGCACCAAGUGAGUCACAGUUUGGACGGCAGCAGCGACGUGGCGUCGGGGCUGAGUGGCGGUGCGCGGCAGCAGUUUGUGGAGAGCAGGCGGCGGCAGCAGCAGGCGGUGGCGGCGUGCGUGCAGGCGCUGCAGGGCGGGCUGUUCUCCCCGUACGGCCGCACCGCUCACACCGCGGGGCGUGCUGCCACCAGCAGGUGGCGAGGCGGCGCAGCCGAGGGUGGCGUGGGCAGAGGCAUUGAGGGCAGCGGUGGGGAUGGAGGAGAGCGAGCAAGGGAUGGGGGUGAAGGGGCCAGGAGAGGGGAGGGGGUGGAAGACAGGGAAGGUAAUGGAGGGGCCAAUGGUGGGGGAGGUGGAGAAUGGGGAGGGCGAGAGGGAGGGGCUGGGAGUGGCGUAGGUGGGAAUGGGCACCAGCGGAGUCGCAGCUUGGAUGUGGAUGCCAUGGCUCGGCUGUGGCGCCCACUGCACCACGCUGCUGCCUCUCCUCGCGGCACGACUGCAGGGCAGACGAACCCCAUCGGUGGCAGUGAGCGUUGGAAGAGGGCCACUGCUGCGCACCCCAUCGACCCCUCUGCUCCUGCUGCCGCAUCUCCACAUGCCCACUCGCCUCUCCUGCCGCCCAAAUCUCCCUCGCCGCAGCCAAAGGGCCGCUUCCCUCCCUCUUCCCACAAUGCAGUUCCCUCUCCCCAUCCCCCCCUCGGCCAUGCCCAGCUCCUGUCCAAACGCCCCCUCCAGCCACCCAUCUCGCCGUGCCCUGAUCCUGCCACACGACCCUGUGCUGCGCCGUCCCCUCCGUGUGCACCCCACGCAACACUCUCUGCUCAUCCGCCGGCGCUGGAAACAGAGGGCAUGGGGGCAGCAGAGGAGAGGGCAGUGGAGGAGAUGACGUGCCUCUUCUCCGCACACUUCUCUGCCCCCUCUGCGCCUUCGCACAGGCCAGCAUGUGCAGCAGCGCAUGGCAGCGCGCAAGGUCACCCCGCGCCUCAUGGCACACAUGGCUCUGCGUCCCACACGCCCUGCGCUUGCACGCCACCAUCCUCUGCUGCCUCUCACCCUCCCCAUGCCACUGCCACCAGUGCGCCGCUUCAUGUGGAAAGGCGGUGUGCAGGGGCAGAGGGUGCGGGCGAAGGCACCAUAACACCUGAGACAGGCACGGCAGCGGGUGGCGGCAUGGGAGCAGCGGCGCCACCCAAGCCACGGUCGCGCAAGAAGAUGAUGUCGCGGAGAGAGUGGCUGUAG